AUGGACAAGGCUCUCUUUAAUUCAAGUCCCGAGCUUACARGUCAUCUUUUUCACGGCGACAUWAAGUUAACGCCCAARGAGGAAGCCAAUAUGGAGAAAUAUGGAAACCCCUACGGACCAUCUAAAGAUAGAGCAGCAASCAGCSAGGACGAYAAGAGAUGGCCAAAUGCAAUCAUCCCUUACGAGUUCGACUGCUCUGUUGCUAACAUGGAAAGYGCAGURUCUUCGACCAAGAAAGCUAUGGCUGAAUGGGAAAGUAAAACGUGUAUUCGAUUCAAAAAGAGGACAACAGAGACUGCGUAUUUGCAGUUUUUCAGGGGAUCAGGAUGUUGGGGACAUGUUGGCCACACAGCAAACUGGAUGAGCCAGAUUUCGAUUGGCGACAACUGCGAUUUCCAACACGUCAUGUCACAUGAGAUCGGUCACGCUGUUGGUUUCUGGCACGAGCAAAGCAGACCUGACCGUGACAAUAGCAUCCAGGUUCUUUGGGAAAAUGUGUUACCAGGACUCGAAGAUGCAUUUGCAAAGAGGACGUGGGGUACUGAAGUCGUCGAUUACGGUAGCAAGUAUGACUUUGCGUCAAUAAUGCAUUAUCCUUUCACUGCUUUCUCAAAAAACGGCUUACCUACCAUCAAAGCCAUCGUUAGUCUGGACGGCAAGACACCAUACGUGGGUGUGAGCGCAGACGAUGUUCUUCAAACAAAUGCCAUGUACAAAUGUAAUGCAAUUAUGACGAAGCGAAUGACUGAUGACUUUGAAUCGCACUUCAAACCAAUGCCUCGAAUUGUGAAAAGAGGAAAUUCCUGCAGAGACAAAAGUCAAGACUGUCAAAAGUACAAGGAUUGGGGUUUAUGCGUGAAGCACGCGGACAGUAUGGUGUACUGGUGCCCAGUCACGUGUGACAUGUGUUCAUCAGACGCUUGUAUGGAUAAAAAGGGAGACUGCAAGGCCUGGGCAAAUGGUGGUCAUUGCCAGUCUAAUCCUGGAGCCCUUAAAAUAGAUUGUCCCUAUACUUGUGGUUUCUGUGGUCAACCUAAUACUCCACCUCCAACUCCACCACCUCCAACUCCACCACCUCCAACUCCAGCACCUCCAACUCAAUCACCACCAACGCAGGCACCCCAACCACCAACUAAUCCGCCAUCUCCCCAUAAAGCUGUUGGGCUUCGGUGUGUUGACAAAACAACCCGUUGUCCUUCUUACGCUUCGUCAGGAAAAUGUGAAAAGUCUGGAUGGGUGUUCCGUAAUUGUUUGAUUAGCUGCAAAGCAAAAUGUGAUAAUCAACCACUUAAAGCUGACGGUGAUUGUGCCAAUUCUCURGGUCUUGGAUGGGACUAUACCCUACCUGAUAAUGCUUUCUCUGCAUCCACAACAUUGGCUCCAGGCGGAGGCUGGAGAGCUGCGGCUCACUCGGGACGACUUUACUUCCAAGAUGAUCAGAAACGCAAACUGAUCGGCGGCUGGUGYCCWACWGACCGAAACAACCAGUGGCUGAAGAUUGAUCUCGGGAAACUCAAACGACUGACAGGAAUUGCAACACAGGGUCGUGAUGUAUUUUAUGAACACGUUGAAAAAUAUGAGCUGGAAUUUAGUAGAGAUGGAAUCAACUGGAGCAAAUACCAAAAGGUUUUCGAUGGAAACUGUGAUCACUUCACUCCGGUGCUAAACCGGUUUAGCUCACAGGUGGCUCGUUAUGUCAAGAUUAUUCCUGUUGGUAACCAAUAUGCCUGGCCUUGUCUGAGGGUUGAACUGUACGGAUGUAAUCAUUCUUAGAAUGGCAAUUGAAAGGAAUUGGCAGUCACAACCAGUUAUAAUCCACUACCUUCUYAAUAUCAUAUUCUACACCAACUUUGAAAUGAAAAGUACUAAGUUUGCUGUCAAUAAAAAGUCAUCGUUCARUGCUCAA